AACAAGCGAGAGGAAAAGGCCCAAAGACACUACGAAGAAGGGUUUCUUCGCUAGUUAAAUUGGAGAGGUUGCUGACCAGUUAGGGUUUGUAAUACGAAGAGGACCAUUUCCUCAGCAGCAGAGCGGCGUCAGCACUUUCAUAUUACCAUGGUUCUCAAGACUGAGCUUUGCCGCUUCAGUGGUGCCAAGAUUUACCCUGGUAAGGGUAUCAGAUUUAUUCGUUCCGAUUCUCAGGUCUUCCUCUUUGCCAACUCGAAAUGCAAGAGGUAUUUCCACAAUCGCCUUAAGCCUUCCAAGCUUACCUGGACAGCCAUGUACAGGAAACAGCACAAGAAGGACAUUGCUGCUGAGGCUGUUAAGAAGAAGCGCCGAACCACUAAGAAGCCCUACUCGAGAUCUAUAGUUGGUGCUACUUUGGAAGUCAUACAGAAGAGGAGAGCUGAGAAGCCUGAGGUCCGUGAUGCUGCUCGUGAAGCUGCUCUACGUGAAAUCAAGGAGAGAAUCAAGAAAACCAAGGAUGAAAAGAAGGCAAAGAAAGCAGAGUCGAUGGCAAAGACACAGAAGACACAAACCAAGGGUGGGCCUAAGGGCGCUGGACCUAAGGGCCCUAAGCUUGGUGGCGGCGGUGGAAAGCGAUGAAUUUCUUAUCGUCUCUCUUAUAUAUGUAGUAGUUACUGCACUUGAAAGAUAUUUUGCUGGUCUAGGAGGCCAAAUUCCUUUAAUAGAUUUUGCUGAGGAUCUUGGGUUGAAGCGCUAUUUUAUUUUCUUAAAUGGAAGGCUAGUCGAAGCUUGAUUUUUUAGCCA